UCACUCUCAAUUCUACCGUACUCUGCAACUUACAAAACAUGGCAACCGACCCCGACCGCGGCCUUUCCGGCUGGGGCAUCUUCUUCCUCGUCGCUUUUGUCUUCAUCGUCAUAGGCGGAUGCGCUUGGAUAGUACACGAUAUACGGCAUAUCCUUGCUCAUACUGCUCUCCUAGCUNUCACACAAUACCGCGCUCGACGAUUGGGUCUCCCCGCUCCCUCGCUCAACCCCUUCACACGUGGUCGACGACAACAAAACUCAUACCAAGCUCCCUCAGCAGGAGCCGGAGGCAUCGGUGGCUGGAUCAAGGACAAAGUCGGUGCAUUGAAGAGCAGUGUCGGUGGAGGCAGGUCAUCUGGAGGCGCAUACGAGCCUAGCGGUGGUUACGGAAGAGGUGGUCAUCGUGGCUUUGGUCCCUUGGACCCUGAUGAGGCCUGGGAUACGCGUGUCGGCAACGAGGCAGACUACGGUGUCAAUCGCGAAGGGUACUACGAAGAGCAUGACCUGGGCUCACCCGACAUGAACUCGGGACCCUACGGCGGACACGGUUAUGGAGGAGGAAGCAUUGGUGUUGGAGGAAUCGAAGAGACAAGAGGGCGUGCUGCAAGCCGUCAACGCGAACUCGACUCGAGAUAUGACGAGGAGAUGCACGGCACCAACCCUUUUGGCGAUGACACGGCUGAGCGAAGCAGUCUGAAGAACAAUGGCUCUCGCCCGACUGUCGACACAACCUCUGGAGCUUCUAAUCAGAAGGCCCCGCACCACAAGAACCAGCAGAGUCUAGGUGCUCAGUCUGCCGACUCUCCUUCUGAGCGUCGCAGCAUCUUCCGCGAGGACAUG